AACGGAGCGCGGCUGGCGUGGCAAUCGAGCCUCGAGCCUCGCGCCGCGCGCUCACUUCCUCGUUGUUCGCUUGCGCUCGGACUAGGGCGCGGGGCGCUGCCGGUAUCCUAGCAACCGAGCGGGCCUUGCGCAACUACCGCCAAGUACGAGUCGCCCGGCCGAUGCCUGAACUCCGCUUCCUUAUGGUUGGCAGGGAAGCUGUGGACGGCCAUGGCUUGGACGUACGUCACUGUCUUCGCAGGAGCCGCCCUUCAAGUUGUCUGCGAAACUUCAGUAACACAGGUUCCUCUGCUGAGCUCCGGUCCCUGCUGCGGAGAUUCCCUUCUGGGGAACGGAACCUGCCGGAGCAGCGCCCACUGCGGCCCAGGCUGUUACCCGCGCGUGUCGGACAAUGACACGGCUCGGUGUGUGCCGUGUGACUCCGAGCUCCCCGGACAGGACAACGUCACCAGCUGCAAUUACACGGAUGCUCCGGGAAAGGAGAACAUGACCACUUUAGCGACGGCAAUGCCCAAAAUUGGUGGUCCGGGUGUCGCCGCCUCCCUCCUGCUGGGGACCCUGCUGAUCAGCCUGUUCCUCAUCCUGUCUGUUGCCUCCUUCUUCUACCUCAAACGCUCGAACCGCCUGCCUGCCCUCUUCUACAGGCGCAAAAAUGCCUUGAUAUUUCAACCCAGUGAGACAGCUGUCAUGAUAUCUACGCCUGCGUCAUCUGUGCGGAAGCCAAGGUACGUCAGGAGGGAACGGCCGUCGGCGAAAUCGGCGUCCGCCACUCCAGCCGCCUCCGCCGCCGCCACCGUCAGCACAGCGGUCGUGACCAAGGUCAGCAACGUGUGAGCUGGAGAGGCGCUGGCCUUUGUGACUCGGCUCUUAGGGUAGUGCGCUGCGCUGGAGACGGCGGCUGAUACCGGACCCCGGUGGAGGGAGGGUCUCUUCUUUUUUUUUAUGUUUCAUAAAUAUCGACAUACUUUCUUCAGCGUGGCCAGCAGUAUCAAGAUGACUCCCCCCCCCCCUCCAAUUGAAACCUCUCUUGACCGAUAUUCCUGUUCUUUUAUAUACAUAAUCUGUCAAAAGUAUUUAUGGAAUCAUGUUGUUUGGGGAUUCUUACCAAAUUCAUCUGUUAAGUUUUAAUUUUGUGUUUUGUUUUUUUUUUUUUUUUUUGUGUCUUGUUUAGUUAUAUCAUAAUUUUUGUGCCAUCACAGUAAAGUUUAUUCUCUGUCGUUUUACCUCCUUUAGCACUGAUGGUAAAUGCAUCAUUUUGUACUCCUUUUUACUGGGAAUUCUGUGGUUAAGAGUUUGACUCUCUGUAUUUAUUAUUUUGGCCAUAAACCAAAAUGAAAGAAGUAGCCAGCCUUCCGGUGUAGGAAUUGUUCCGUUUUGCACGAGCUUUAAGUCCGAAGAAGGCUUUAUUGAUUAGGUGUUAAUAAGAGUACUGCAGGUUCACUGCCAACUGCCGUAACGCGUUUCUUUGGCAAAAAAUGAAGUUUCUCGCACAUUCCUGAACAUUGAUGAGUUGUUUAUGCUUUUUAAUGCUCAUCUGUUUAACAUCCAGUAAAACUGCAAAAGCCUGUUCUUUAGAGGGCUGCAUGAAGGCUUUUCCCCACUUUUGGUUAAAACCAGUUUAAAAAUGUUUCCAGCUGUUUUAAUUUGCCUAGAGUGGAUUUUUUUUUUUUUUAGAAAACACUACUUAAAGAAUGUACUUGGAUGCAAUACGAUUAGAGGAUAAAGGUGAAAGGUUUUGUGAUCCUCUUCGAAACGGACACAGCUGGCGAGGAGAACCGUUGCCGAACGUUCGGCUAAGAGUCAUCGUUUGACGAAGAAUAAAUUGCACACGGAAUUGCCUUUUUUCGUGCCAAGUGAUCAACGGGGUGUCAGUGCUGCCUUUCUACCUUUGAUUCGUCCACUUAAAGGUGGCAGACAGAAGUUACUGGACGGUCAUAAUGAACCGUUCGUUGGUGGAUGUUUUGAAGGUUUGACAGUCUUUAAAACCCUCGUCACCUGAUCCCCCGGGUUUGACAUUUGAAUGUAAUCUCGAUUAACGGAGAGCUACGUUUGCCUUGGCUUCAACACGUGCAAGAAAUAUACACGUCCAAGUGAUGUGUGCUUUUUGAUUCUCCGUUUGAACUGUGAACAUUUCGGUAUCGUCCGUGAACCGGAGAGAUCUACCGGCUCCUGAAAUGGCUUCUUGUCCAAGUACGGUAUUUAUCGAAUGCUUGUGGUACUUCGGCUGUCGUACAGCAACUCGUGUAUUUUGUACAUACUGUUUUUAUACAAAUCGAACGGCGUUUGUACCGGUAGCGUAUUUUUAUGCAAAUGAUGCCAAAAUAAAAAUU